CACAGGAAGGCUGAAUGGUUUUUUUUUUUUCUUCCAUUUAGCUAUAUUAUACAAUCACUUAAAGGCGGUCACAAGUAAUUUUUUGGUAUGGCGGAACUGGAAGGUGCCGAAAAACUACCUUCUAAUGAGCAAACAGUAGCUUCUGCAGCAUCUCAGCCAUCUUCAUCUCACGAUGAUUCUACAGUUGAGACCGCAGAAGAGGCAGUUGAGCCACCAGAAGCCGAUAUCAAUGAGCUCUGCAGGGAUAUGUUUAGUAAAAUGUCAUGUUAUCUAACUGGCGAAUUGGUAGCCACUACUGAAGACUACAAACUUCUUGAGAAUAUGAAUAAACUCACAAGCCUGAAGUAUAUGGAGAUGAAAGACAUUGCUGCAAAUAUCAGCCGGAAUCUGAAGGAUCUGAACAAAAAGUAUGCAAGCCUCCAGCCAUACCUGGAACAAAUAAAUCAGAUAGAAGAACAAGUGGCAUCUUUGGAAAAUGCAGCUUAUAAACUCGAUGCAUAUUCAAAACGAUUAGAAGCAAAGUUCAAAAAACUGGAAAAGCGGUGAAGAUGCACGCUCAGAAGACAGUGCUUGUCCCUUCAAUAAUCCCAAUGCCAAAGGACAAUAUCAUAUUGUAACAUUUCUUUCAGUAUCUGUUAUGUUAAACUUUCAAAUGCUUUUUACUAGAAAACUAUUAAAUUUCAGCAUAGUAACAA